ACCACCUUAGUUCGUCACACUCUCACCUCCCUACGUCUCUAUUUUCAGUAAAAUCCACAUCCACAUUUUUUCCAGAUAUAAUCUUUUUUCAAUAAUAUAAAAGAUAUUAUUGAUCAAGAUUGAAAGCUGAGGGGACACCACUUGCACUUUUUCCACUUUUUCCACUUUGCACUUUCCACUUGAGAUAUGAGAUGAGAUUUAGAGAGGGACUUGGCCCUUGGCCACCCCUCUUUGUCUCUCCCUGUGUUCUUGUGGCUCAGAUAUUUUCUUCCUUUUCUUUUUUUCAUUUCCACCUAUUUUUUCAUUUUCUCAACGCAUAUUAAAUUAUAAAUUAAGCAAAUUAAAUAAUACUAUCGUGAAAACGGCCUUGACUUGCAAGUUAAAGUUCUCAAGUUCGAAUCUCUACAACGUCAUAGUUGUGUGUGUAUGAAAUCCUUCUCUCCUGUAGUUUAGACUAAUACAUGUACUCAAAAAUCAAAAAAAUUCUACCGCUUUUGAGUUUUCUGUGUUUAUUUUUCCUCAUAAUUCUAGGAACUUAGUUGAGUUUUGCUAAGUAUUCUUAGUCUCCCUUUAUAAUAUGUGUCUUUCGUAAUCUUUACUGAUAUUAAUUUAAUAAAAUUCUAUUGCUUUUUAUCUAAAUAUAUAUUAUAGUCCAUGAGAUUGGAAAAUCUAAAUUUAAAAUGAAAACAGAAAUAUCUAAUUAGUGAAAAAGGAAAGCCUCCUCUCCUCAGUCAGUGUUUGUAUUAUCUGAUCUGGAUUGGACUUAAUAUCUUCCACAAGAAUAUCAUAUCAGAGAAUGAAUAAAAAUUAGGAAUUUUCGAAUUUUCUUAAUUUGGGAGAAAAGCCGAAAAGGUGGGAGACAGAGUACCAGAAAGUGCCGAGUGUCCCUGCGUUCUCAGCCACAAGAUUCCCAGGCCCUUCUCGAUUUUUCAUUGCCAAAUUUGUCAACAAAAUUUUCAAAAAUUAAAAAUACUCACUCUGACGUGGCAUCCCCUGCUUUUACUUUCUUCCUCCAUAUAACUCUGAAUUUCUUUGUGCGCUUCUUCUCUACUAUCCUCCUAAUCUCUCUCAUUUCUCUCUCUAUAUUUCUCUCUCUCUCUCUCUCUCUCUCUCUCUCUCUCUCUCUCUCUCUGUAUUCAUCUUCAUCUCCAGCUUCUCUGGAUUUGGAUUUUGCUUCUUCUUUCUUUUUAAUCUUAUCUUUCUCUUUCGGUUUCGCCUUUUCGUUUUCUUUUAUUUCCCGAGAAUCCGACGGCGGAAUCUGUUUUUUGUUUCUCGGGAAAAGCCGAGGAGCCUUCUGUUUUCUCAGUUAGAAAAAGAAACCUCUCAAGACAAGUUUGUUUUCAGUCUUUCAGAUACCAUUGAGGUGUAGUGCGUUAACCUUCUGCAGUAAGUAACGUGCUGGACGUGUUCUGUUUCUUUGAGCAGCCAUGGCUGUUGAGGAUUACAGUGAAGCCACAGGGUCAAACGCCUCUGUUGCAGCUGCCGAUUGCAGUCUAAAAGGCGAUGCACAAUCUAAACCAGUGAUUGAACUCAAGGCGAUAUCUUCCUUUGGCAAUGACCAUACACCUAAGAUCAGGAAACCUUACACAAUUACAAAACAAAGAGAAAAAUGGACAGAGGAAGAGCAUCACAAGUUCCUUGAAGCCUUGAAAUUGUAUGGCCGAGGUUGGCGUCAAAUAGAAGAACAUGUAGGCACCAAAACUGCAGUUCAGAUUCGAAGUCAUGCUCAAAAGUUCUUCUCUAAGGUAUCUAAGGAGUCGAGCGGACCUAGCGAAGGCUCCAUCACACCAAUUGAGAUACCUCCUCCACGGCCUAAGCGGAAGCCUGUGCAUCCUUAUCCACGUAAAUCAGUCGAUUCUCUCAUCGGAUCACCAGAAAGGUCACCGUCCCCGCAUUUUUCAGUUUCUGGGAAAGGCCAAGAAUCGCCUACCUCAGUAUUAUCUGCACUUGGUUCAGAUGUACUGGGGUCUGCAGCUUUGGACCAGCCUAGCAGAUCUGCAACCCCAACUUCAUGUACCACUGACAUGCGCUCAACCAUCUUAUCCCAUGUUGAAAAAGAGAAUGAUUACAUGACAUCCAACUCAUCCACUGAAGAAGUGAGAGAGUCCGUGCCAUCAGUUCAAUUAUCUGCUGACUCAACUCCAGAAAAAUUUGCGUGCAUGAAACAUGGAUCAGGUUCCAAUCACAUUGUGAGUACAGAAGGAGAUGCUGGCAGUCCAAGAGCUUCCCCAAGUAUUAAGCUGUUUGGAAGGACAGUUUUGGUAUCAGACUUGGAGAGACAAUCUCCACCUGGUAGUGUUACCAAGGAAUCAAAGGCUAAACAAGAGAAUUGUCAGAGGGAAAAUGAUAAGCUUGCUCAAACAUUAAGAUUGGAUGAGUUAGACACGCGUUUGUCACUCGGUGGAAUUGGGGAACACCAAAAGCAGAGCCCUAAUUCUCAGAAAGUUAACCCUGAUGCUCCUCAGCCAUGGUGGUUUAUGCAUAAUGGUUUAAUACCAUUUUUUCAAGUCAGAUCAUGUAACCAAAACUCAGUUCAAAUACACGCCAAUUCUUGUGCGGAUGAAACAAUGAAAGAGAUGGAAACGUCUUUAUCACACGAUGGUUCAGUUAGUGCAGUGGAAAUUUUAGCAGAGAAGCAUUUAGAGGCUGCUGAUGCGUUAUGCGAAGAGACUCGCUCUCUCCCUUGCAGUUCAAGAAAGGGGUUUGCACCAUACAAAAGAUGCUUAGCAGAUAGAAAUAUGAACUCAUCAGGAGAGAUGAGGGACAGACAGCGGGCUCGUGUCUGCUCAUAGUUCCCACGGCAGAUGCUCUGUUUUCUAGCUUAUCGCAAUACCCGCAUAAUUAAAAAUCCAUGCUUCAGUUUAAAAUUGUUGGCGUCUGAUGUUUGCAUUUUUUGCAAUUUGAAAUAACUGUAACGUCCUUUAUGGAUUUAUUCUUUUUACCCUGUUCUUUCAAUGAAAUGAUUAGGCUUCAAUUCGAUACA